AUGGCAUUGAUUAUCCUUGUUGGUUCGAGCAGUGUAAGAGAUGGUAAUGGGGUUGUAUACCAACUGGUAAGAACAGUGAACAAGUUGAGUUUUGUUGCCGAGUUGGCUAUUUUCAGCAAUUAUUCCAACAAUUUCACCAAGAGUGGUGAUAGUAGUACCAUUGAACUUGGUCUAUUGGUAGCUUAUGAGCUGAGAACAUACUCCAAAGGUAUUGUAUUUAACAUCAUUUUAUCAAUUGUUUGUGGACGAGACUCGGGAUAUUCUUUUGUUCUGCAGGGAAACUCUUUUAUACAAUUAUUACAGUUAUUCGGUAUCAACAGUCCUCAUCUCUUAAUGCUUGUGUUUUUGAGACGUAAUUCUAACUUAAACAAGAAACAGCCUUACUCGCUCUCAACUGAAACAAUUCUGCGGUUAGCACUUGAUAUUUCUCGAGGUAUGCAGUAUCUUCACUCACAAGGGGUGAUGCACAGAGAUCUCAAAUCAAAUAAUCUGCUACUGAAUGACGAGAUGCGAGUUAAAGUGGCAGAUUUUGGUACCUCGUGUCUUGAAACACAGUGUAGAGCAUCAAAAGGUAACAUGGGAACUUACCGCUGGAUGGCACCAGAGAUGAUCAAGGAGAAACCUUACACAAAAAAGGUCGAUGUCUAUAGCUUUGGUAUCGUGCUUUGGGAGCUCACAACAGCUCUGCUCCCAUUUCAAGGGAUGACGCCUGUUCAGGCUGCAUUUGCUGUCGCAGAAAAGAAAUUUCGGCUUGUUAGUUAUCAGUGCCAAUUUGCCUUGAAUCUGAUAUGGAAAGAUGUAUGCCAAAGGUUGUUCUUUUUCCCAUCUUUUGUUUCCCAGAAAGCGAGACCGCCAUUGCCAGCUAAUUGUCAGCCUGCGCUUGCAAAUCUAAUUAAACGAUGUUGGGCUUCAAAUCCAUCAAAGAGACCUGAUUUUACCUACAUUGUAUCUGUCUUGGAGAACUACGAUGAGUGUGUUAAGGAUGGAGUUCCUCUUCCCUCUCAUUCAUCAGGCCAGAACGUGAUCUUAGGCCGCUUCAAGGACUGCAUUUCGGUGAACUCAUCUGUUCCUGUACAUGCAUGAUUGCACAAUGUAGAGUAUGUGGGUCUUUCGGAGGUAAAUGGUGAUUUUGGUAUGUUAUAUAAAUUUGUAAAUAACUUAGGCAAUCUGUUAAUAUCUAAUCUCUAACUAGUUGUACGCUA